UAUCCCCGGGCUCGGCAAGGCGGCACGCGCUCUCCACGACGGACGCGCUUGAAUGAUGCAGAUGGAGGAGAGGAAAGCUCUUCCACAUGGGAUGAGUGCAUCAUCAUCAUCCAUUGGACAGCACCACCAUGCAACAUCCACAACCAACUCGAUGCAUCCAGGCGCACCGAUGAAUUCAGGCACCACCCCCGUCGGCGACAGCAGCACGACGACGUCGCAGGACCAUGUACAGCAUAUGAACGGAUCGUCGAAAGGCGAUAUGGCAUAUUACCAAGGCGGAAACAUGCAAGGAUACCCCCCGCAGCAGAAUUGCAUGAUUGGAACACGACGGCAAGCAACGUGCCCAGUGUGCAUGUCCCACACGAUCCCCCCCAAUAUCGUGCUCGAACCGUGCCAGCAUCAAUUCCAUUAUCAAUGCAUUGAAGUGUACACGCAGAACGCCAAAAUCUGUCCGGUUUGUCGUGUGCCUAUCCAGCGGCAUCUUCCACUCACCCGCCCCGCGACGACCAUGCAGGAGCAGCAGCAGCAGCAACAACAUCAACACCACCACCAACCCGACUACACGACACAAGCACCACCAGGCUAUUCUUUGUCGUCGUCGAACCAGCAACAACAGCCUCCCCAUCACCUCGUGCACAACAAUGCGAUACAGUCUGGUCCGUCCGCUGGAGCCGGCCACUUUGCAAGCGCAAGCGUGUACGAGUUGCCACCCGAGGUCUUUCUCGACAACUCUUACGACCAGAGCAGCAAUACCUCGAUGCACUCGGCGAAAAUGCGCAAGGGCAAGUGGACGUCGGAGGAGGCCGCGUACUGUGACAGGUUGAUCGAGGAGUUCAAGCACGGGAACCUCCCGCUUGCGGAAGGCACGACGUUGCGCACAUUUCUAAGCAAGUUGCUCAACUGCGAUCCCAUGCGGAUAUCGAAGAAAUACACGGGGAACCAGUGCAUCGGCAAGAUCAUUUUCCGCCGCAAGUCCAAGGAACCGACAAAGGACGAGAUCGAAACGACGCGAAAGCAACUGGCCGAGCUCGAACGCAUCUACCUCGAUCGGGAGCGGAUGAACCAACAGCGCCGAGAAAAGCGUCUCGAGUCUGAAGUGAAUCGCGACCGCAGUCGACUCCUCUCCAACGCACGCAGCAUCGUGUACACACCACCGACGCAACCCACACUGCUCCACCAGCCACCACCUCACCCCGGCCAGCCACAUCCCGGCUACAUCGCCAACCAUCUCCACGGCGGCAUGACCCAUCCGCACUCGCACGCCCCGUACCAGCCACCACAGCAACCAUAUCACCAGUCACAAUUCCAGCCACCCCCAUCGUACGCCCACCAACACCACCAACCUCCUCCAUCGUCCGAUGUAUCGGCCCAGCCGCAGCAGUCGCAGCGAUCCACGCAGCACACCAAAUCCCCUCCCGCUACUUCAAAGGAAGCUGAAAACACGCAUUCCAAUAUUAGCACGAUCAAGGCCGAAGGCACCGCCUCGGCGUUGUCGCUGGGCGGCGGCGCGGCGGCAACGUCCGCUGGGACCGUCUUGACAUCCACGAUGAAGCGAGACCAUAGCUUGGCGAUGAUGCACUCGGACAAGGACCUGCCGCGAAUUUCAUCGGUGGACUCGUUCUCGUCCUUGUUUCCCCGCAUCGCAUCGCUGGAUUGCUUCCAGAGCCUGCACCCGACCACGUCGGCAACGUCGCAUCGGCUACCGCACCACCACGCGGCGCCGCACCACGACAGUAGCAGCUUGUACCGGUCGCCGUCACUCGAGUGCCUCAACACGAUCCCGAGGGUCGGUUCGUUGGAGCAAUUUUCCAACUUUAUCGCCAACAUGCCCCCCGAGCCGACCACCAAACCGCCGUCGUCUACAGUGUCGGCGACAAGCAACUCGACGAGCAACGCUAGCAACGACCAGAGCAAUGCCGGCGCAACCAGUCCCCCCAAACCCACAAGCGCAACCCACACGUCCGUGGGAGCGCCGUCGACGUCCAAGCCGCCGACGUCGUUUCCAAGGAUCGCAUCCCUGGACCGCCUCAACUUGCCGCGGGGACCGUCCAUGGAUCGGCUGCCGCGCAUUAAUUCGACGGACGGGUUCCUCCACCACGUGCCAUCGCUCGGAAGUCUCAGCGCAUUCGGAUCGUUUAGUAACUUUAGCUCGCUCAGCAACACAAAGGACAAAGGGACCACGUCCACCGGCGGCCACUCGUCGAUCGAGGACAUUUUGUCGCUGGUCGCGGCGUCCGAGGGGGGGUCGGACAAGAAGCGGAAAUCGCCGUCGUACACGAACCUCGCGUCGCUGGCGGACCAGCACGUGGACAAGAAGCCCGCCCAUGGAUUGUAAAGUGUCGUUUGCAGUGGAGUAGUCUGCCAAACGUUGUAAUUUCGACCCUGUACGAUUCAUCGAGGCGUUCGCUGCGCCGCGG